UUUAGAUUUUAAAUGCAGUGUAAACGUCUUGUUUCAUUAUGAGUAAAAAUAUAUAAAUAUAUCUUCUUAAGAACUGUUGUAAAGAUUAAUUUUGUUGUUGUUGUUAAGAAAUUCUAUAUAAUAUUCAUCACACAUCAAGUUGCUUUUCUGUGCCAAUGUUAUUGCUUUUUCUAGUACACACUUGCCAAAUUUAAAAAGCACAUUUUUCUAAGUAUACACACCCUUAUCCGAUGGUGACUUUGAACUCAUCCGACAUACACUGCUGGUUCUCUUUCAAGAUAUGCAAAUCAGGGUCUCAAUUUUCUUGAAAGAGAAAAUCCAGAACCCAAAUGGCCAUUUUGUGCUGCAGACCUCAGGGCCGGUGCCUUACGGAUUUGAGGUUCCUGGUUUAAUCAGGUAUUUUAAUGCUAAAGGCCAAGAGGUGAGGAGGACAAGGUUUCCCAGUGGAGGAAACUACACAAGUGCUUUACGCCAGGGCUCAUUUGACCUCUCUGGAGACAGGGUCACAAUUUUGGGCACCAACAUGUACAACACACCCUCAUCUCAAGAAAUGGAUCCAUCAACUACCUCUAACAGCACAAGGAAGCAAAAGCAGGCAGAUACAACACCCAAUCCUCUGGCCACAGAGGAACUCAACCUGCUCGCUAAACUGAUGGGUGGAAUGGAGGUGCAGAAAAUCUUGAAUGUGGACGCUGGUUUCAAAGUGAACCUAUUAGCCUUAGAACAGGAGGAGGAGGGCAUGUAAGCAUUACUAAUCCAGACAUAAUCCUGCAACAACCCACACACAACCUUGAAGGCAUGCUUGAUUUUCUAUUGUACUUUUAUGCUGCUUCUUUAUACUUUUUGGAUCUUAUAUAUAAAUAUAUAAAUGUAAAAUAUAAAAUA